AUGCCUGGCACAGAGAGCGCAAGCUCGCCAGGUCGACGCCAGCCUGUGAGAGGGGUAGCGUCGCAAAACAACACCAACACCAGCACCACCACCAGCGGCGGCCGCAGUCUGGACCGACGCAUCGAUGACCUCAAUCAUCCAGUCUCGUCGGCAUCUCUCCCGUGGGAGACGCCGCUCCCGCUCAGCGCUAGCGCCGUCAGUGGCGGCCGUCACCCAUCCCGCCGUCACUCUGCCAGCUGGCAACCCACCGUCGUGGAUGUCCGCUCGCAGCAGCAUCGAUCGGCCGAGCGCCACUUUGUCGAGACGCACGGCCAACGUCCCUUCAGCAGCGGUCUUCCGGCACCGGCCACCGCCGUUCCCAUCUUUGGUGCAGGUCGAGCGAACCCGAUCCUCGAGUUCCCCGACUCGCCGCCCUCGACUCCGCCUCACUCGCCUCCGCUCACACCGCGAGCUGCUACCGAUGUCGAUGUUGUCGUCGAGGGCGAGGGCGAUGACACAGACCUCGACGCCCUCGGCACCCCGCUUGCAAAGAUGUCGCUCCAACAGAGCCACAACCUGAUCACCGAUGCGGCCAACGCCAUCUUCGAACAGCAACAGCAGCAGAGCCUAGUAUCUCCGACCGCCGCUCCGGGCAAAGCUCAUCCCACGGCCAUCCAGGGCGCUACUGGCAGCGGCGCGCUCAUGCCAGCCACGCCCGAGGUCAGCCCGGACAAGGAGGUCCAGCACUUUGCGCGCAAGAGCGCCGAGGACUUUUUCCACCGCAUCUUUACCGACUUUGCCCCCGCCUCUGCGCAGGUCGAGGACGCCGGCGUCGAGCUCGUCUGCCCUGGCUGGUCCGGUGCGGUGCUCAAGACUGGAACGGCGGCAGAGGAGGCUGCCGGCGAGCGCUCCACGUCGUACGGCUCGAGCGGCGGCCGCUCGUCUUCCUCGUCUUCGUCGAGCGUGUCGAAGCGCACGCUGUAUGUCAGCAUGCCGCGACAGGUCGACCAGUCGCAGCUGCGGGAGCUCGUGCUCGCGCUCCUCGAUGCCGCCAGCGACCGACUCGGAUGCGGCACCGUCAUCCUCUGCCUCGACCCGCAGAUGCGCGACUUUGCCACCGUGCUGCACGGCCUGUGCUACGUCGGCGGCCAGGUCGUCUCGGUCGGAGGAGAGGGCAAGGGCAAGGGCCCGGCUGGCCAGCAGGUCGAUUCGGUCGCACCGCCCGAGGCCGCGUCGUGGCGUUCGCCCAGCCCGGCCUCAGAACCCAUCUCCGGCUGCUCGCCCCGCGGUGGCCUGGUGCUCGUCGGCGUCGAGCUGUGA